UGCUCACAAAGAGUCAAAUUUCAUAUCUCAAAAAUUGAACCUUCACACUAUGACUGCUAACAAAUUUAAGACUAUCUCACUCCUAUCUUUUGGACCACUAAUUUAUGUCCAAGCAGCCCUAGUCACCCAUUAUCAUAAAUAAGGCAGUUGUAUAAAAGAAAGAUUUGGAAAUCAGGCGACAGGGCAGGAGUCCAAAGAAACAGGAAAACAUUUCUCCUUGGAAAGAGGAGCCGGACCUAAUAACCCUUUAUCAUAAAUAAGGCGAAAACUAAAACCCUCUAAUUGCUGUACGAGGUUUUGAAAGUUUGAGGAGGAAAAGAGAUGGCAGCGACAAGUUCUCUGCGAUCAUCGUUUUUGUCGAAACUGAGAACAUCGUGUAAGAAUCACUAUCGUCCAUUCUCGGCUAAGCCCACUGCUUCAUCUUCUUCUACCGACAAGAGCUACUUUGAGGAAGAGGAAGUUCCAACUUCUGGAAUAAGCAGGCCGCUUUCAGAAAUCCUCAAAGAGCUCAACAAGAAGGUUCCUGAUUCUCUAAUCAGAGCUCGCAAUGAACCUGAUGGGUUUUCUAUCAAAUAUAUUCCAUGGCACAUAGUGAAUAGGAUUAUGAACUUGCAUGCUCCAGAAUGGUCUGGUGAAAUCCGUAGCAUCACUUAUUCAGCUGAUGCCAAAUCUGUAUCUGUUGUUUAUCGUGUAACACUCUAUGGGACUGAUGCAGAGAUCUAUCGGGAAUCAACAGGAACUGCUUCAACAAGUGAGCCAGGUUAUGGUGACCCUGUGCAAAAGGCAGAAGCAAUGGCAUUUCGUCGAGCUUGUGCUCGUUUUGGGCUGGGGCUUCAUCUUUACCAUGAAGAUAUGCAAUAGUGUGGCAUUAAACUGGCACUGUCAGUUUCAGUUCAGGAACACACUUGAGAUUUGCCUUCUUUACGCUGGGAUAUCUGCUUCACUGAAGAUUUUGAUUGUACAUCUUAGCAGAACCAAAUGAAACCUGUUAUUGGGUUUCAUGUAAUUUGAUGGUAUUGCUAAUUCCUGUAUUUAAUGGAGUCAAGUAAUUUUAAGAAAUUAAGAAUGUUGGUUUUUUUGGUUUUGGUUUUCCUGUGUCUGAAUAUACCAUAUUUUUCCAUCAAGAACCUGGUAAAAUACUGAGUCGGGUCUUUUUCUUCA